AUGGCCUCUCGUCUUUUGUCGCGCAGUGUCGCCCGCACCGCAGCCCAGCUGAGAUUGACCUCCGCGCCCCCGCACACAUGUACACCGCUGCUAAGAUCUUAUCGCCCGAGAUCUAGAAACCUAACCCUGGGAUCCGGAGCGGAUAGAUACCAGCACUCACGGGGCUAUGCCGCUGCCACUUCGCAGGCGGCGGAGGUGGAAGACGAAGCUGUCGAGCAGCUGUCGGAGUACCCCACGACCUCCCCCGCCGCGCGCAAAAUCCUCCACGACGCAUGGGGCUACACGUCCUUCCGCGCCGAGCAGGAAGCCGUGAUCGCGCGGCUGCUGCACGGCGGCAGCGCGGUGGCCGUGUUCCCGACGGGCGCGGGGAAGAGUCUGCUGUACCAGGUUGCGGCGCUGGGGUUUGGGGGUGGCGUCACGGUGGUGGUGAGCCCGUUGAUUGCGCUGAUCAAGGACCAGGUGCAGGAUCUGAAGAAGAGGGGGAUCGACGCGGCGGCGGUGGACAGCACGAUGGAGCGGGAUGAGGUGCGCGCUGUGUUUGAGCGCGUGAUGAACGACGAGGUGCGAUUGCUCUAUGUCUCCCCCGAGCGCCUCAACAACGACGCCUUCGUACAGCUGCUCAGCAAGACUACCGUCCGCCUCAUCGCGGUCGACGAGGCCCACUGUGUUUACGAGUGGGGGAACUCGUUCCGGCCGGACUAUCUCCGAGUGGCCAGGUUCGUCAAGGAGAUCAAGGCAGAGAGGGUGCUCUGCGUUACUGCUACCGCUACGCCGGAAAUCACAGAGAGCAUCUCGACGGCGUUUGGGAUUCCCCGUGACGGGGUGUUUCGGACGAGCACUUACCGCCCAAACCUAACACUGCUCUCCAAGUCCUUCAAGAAGGACUUGGAGAGGCUCGACUAUCUCGUCGACUUCCUGAACGCGAACCCCGGCGCAACGAUCAUCUACACCCUGAAGCGCUCUACAGCUGUAAUCGUCGCAGGCCUUCUCGAGGCCGCCGGUAUCGAGGCCUUCCCCUACCACGCCGGCAUCGACAAAGCCACCCGCAGCGCCACCCAGGACCGCUUCAUGAACUCCGAUAAGCUCACUAUCGUCGCCACAAUCGCAUUCGGCCUCGGCAUCAACAAGCCCAAUAUCAGAAACAUCAUCCACUACGGCCCCCCGCUCUCCAUCGAGAACUAUGCCCAAGAAAUCGGCCGCGCCGGCCGCGACGGCCGCCCCAGCACAUGCCUCAUCCUCACCGCCCCCACCGACACCCGCACCCACAACUUCCUCACCGUCAACCCCCUCCUCGCGCCGCGCAAAAGCGCCAUCCGCCGCCUCCUCCGCCACGCCUUCCUCACCCAACCCCCCGCACCCCCAGGCACCACCAUCACACUCCCGCUGCACGCGCUCGCACGCGUCCUCGUCACGCCGACCCGGAAGCGCAAGAAGCAGAAGCAGGAGGAGGAGAAAGAGAAGCCGAAGCCGCCGCCCCUCCCACAGGUCAUCCGCGACAAAGAGGACGCAACGGCGGCCGUCAUGGCGCUGCUCAUGAAGGUCGAGAUGGAGUGCGGCGUGGUGAAGGCGCUGCCAACGGCGUAUGGCGUGGUUACGUAUCGCGGGCUAUCACGUCUGCAGAAGCUUGACGACGAGAUGGCAACGGCGGUUGCGGAGGCGUCAACGCGCAGCGAGACCACGAGCGACGAGGAGGGGGGCGAAGGUGAAGGGCUGUGGAGCUUCGACAUGCGGCGGGUAUCCGAGAGGGUGCGCGCGGGGCGGGAAACGCUGCUGCGGCGGCUGCAUGAGUGGGAGCACGAGGGCGUGGUGGAGAUCGAUAUUCUUGGUGUCGCGGCGCGGUACGAAGUUCUGUCUGCGCUGCCAGGGACGGAGGAGGCGGUUGAGGAGGUGGUGGAGCGGGUGCGUAGCGUUGUGAAGAUGCAUGAGAAGCGGAGUGUGGAGAGGCGGAAGAUGGUGUUGGAGCUCGUGGCGGGGAGGGAGUGCUUUGUGGGGGUGCUGGCGGGGCAUUUUGGGGAUGGGGAGGUGGUGAGGAGGAGGAGGGGGUGUGGGCAUUGUCAGUGGUGCUUGGAUAGGGCGGAGAGGAGGAAGGUGGAGAAGAAGGAGAGGGGGGGGAAGAAGGAGGGGUGGUGGAAGAAGAAGAGGGGGGGGGGCUAG